AUGAGAAGAAGAAUCAAAGAGCUUCUAAGCCUUUGUUUUUCAUGUCGACACUCUAAAAUUCACCACCAAUCACUUUCAAAAUCGCUACAACCCACUUUUUCUUCUCAAUGUUCAACAUCUUUCUCAACGUUUUCAAAAUCCCAAAGGGAUUCACUGAUUUUCCAACAGUUCAAAGAAAGGAAACUCAAAGGGUCAUCAAAAGACUCAAUUUUUAAUCCAAAAGUUUCAAAUCCAGUUCCAGAAAGUUUUGAUACUAACGUUGAGAAAACAGUCCAAAAGGGUUUGAAAAAUGAGAGUGAAAAUGCAUAUUCUACGGUGGUUGCCAACUUUAAGGAAUUAGGUUUGAGUGAGAUUCUUGUUGAGGUUAUGAAAGAGAUUGGUGAUUUUGUACCAAGUGAGAUACAGUGUGUUGUUAUUCCAACUAUUUUGGAAGGGAAGAGUUUGCUGUUGAGUUCACCUUCUCAACCUGAUAGAACAUUGGCCUACUUGUUGCCCCUUAUUCAGUUGUUAAGACGAGAUAGAGAGUUUGGUUCAAAUUCAAAGCAUCCUCGAGCCGUUGUACUUUGUGCUUCUGAGGAGAAAGUCGAACAGUGUUUUAAUGCAGCAAGAUAUAUCAUCCGUAGUGCAGAAUUAAAGUCUACAAAGAUUUGUGCUUCAUCAGAUAAUGAAAAGUCGAAUUCCUCAAUUGGCUUAAUGAUUGGAACUCCGUGUGAGAUUCUUCAAUACAUUGAUGAAGGGAUUGUUGUUCCUGCUGAAUUAAAAUACUUGGUACUGGAUGAAGCCGAUUCCAUGCUUGGUAACCACCUUGGUCCCGAAAUCCAUAAAAUCAUCGAACCAUUACAACAUCAUGACUCAAAAUCCAAUGUCAAAAGAUUGCAGACAAUUUUGGCAAUUUCAACUAUAGCUGAGGUUUUGGGCGAAAAAUCACCCAUUGUAGAACGUCUUGAGAGCAAUCAUGCUGGAAAUAUUUCUGCAUUGUCUAUAGAAAUGGAAGAAGCAGAAGUUUUUCAUUUGACGGAGUCUCUGGAUGCACUUAGGAAAAAGUUGGAGGAGGCCAUGAAUUCCCUUUAG